UUAGGAGCCAGAUUUCGCAGUAACUUUACAAAUCCUUCUCCGGGGGUGGAGCGAAAAGGAAAGCAAAGCAAAGCGGGCGCUCCAACGGGACUAUUGAAGUAUUGUAGCUCUUCUUCUUCAGCCGCUGUCCUUUUGCACAAACCGAUCACCUACGCAGCGCUGUUUUUGCGAUCUGCCGAAGUGGGAUAUGCGCAGCAGAUUAUCCUGGCGGAAAUUGAAAAGCUGCUCCGAUCCACAGAUGCAGAAGAUGGCUUAGCAACAGACCAACCUUCUCCCAUGCUGGGGUCCCUCUGUGCCCGGCAGUUGGACUGAUGUGAAUCUUUUGUUUUUUUGGAUCGAAGAAGCUUGUUCCCAAAGCCAUUCUUCCCUAAUUCAUGAGCCAGCAGGAUGUGGUCGCCGUCCUUUCAGAACGCCUUCUCAUAGCUGCGUACAAAGGGCAAGUGGAUAAUGUGGUGCAGCUUAUCAACAAGGGUGCCAAGGUAGCCGUUACCAAGCAUGGGCGGACACCCCUCCAUCUUGCAGCUUACAAAGGUCAUCUCCAUGUGGUCCAGAUUCUGCUCAAAGCAAGCUGUGACGUGGAUCUUCAGGAUGAUAAUGAUCAAACAGCUUUGCAUCGGGCGACUGUUGUAGGGAACACAGAUGUUAUCUCGGCUCUUAUCCAUGAAGGGUGUGCCCUGGACAGGCAAGACAAGGAUGGAAACACAGCUCUUCAUGAAGCUUCUUGGCAUGGAUUCAGUCAAUCAGCUAAGCUGCUUGUUAAAGCAGGAGCUAAUGCCCUUGCCAGGAACAAGGCAGGUAACACUCCUUUGCAUUUGGCCUGCCAAAACAAUCAUUCUGAAAGUGUGCGAGUUCUAUUGCUUGGAGGCUCUCGGACUGAUAUCAAAAACAACGCAGGAGACACCUGUCUGCAUGUUGCUGCUCGUUACAAUCACUUACCCAUCAUUAGGUUGCUCCUCACUGCUUUCUGUUCCGUCCAUGAAAAGAAUCAGGCUGGAGAUACAGCUCUUCACGUCGCUGCUGCAUUGAAUCAUAAGAAAGUGGCAAAAUUGCUCUUGGAAGCUGGAGCUGAUGGGACAGUAGUUAACAAUGCUGGCCAGACGCCCCUAGAAGUUGCCCGGGAACACAACAAUCCUGAAGUUGCUCUUCUACUUACUAAAGCCCCUCAGAUUUCACACUUUAAUCGUGGAAGGAGCCUGAGGAAGAAAAGGGAGAGACUUAAAGAGGAAAGACGUGCUCAAUCCGUGCCACGUGACGAAGUGGUGCAAAGCAAGGACAGUGCUUCUGCUGCUGAAGACACCCACAGCAGCGAUCCUGCUCAGGGGAGAGGUGACUUGAAAAAUGAAAGCCAAUUGCCUUUGUCAGAGCAAAGAGAGAAGAAGGGUAAAAAGAAGAAACCAGGAGAAAAGGUAUUGGCACUUUCCGAUCCUUUGCCCUCAGCGGAUCAGCAGAUACUGCCUGGUCCACAGCAAAACCUGACAAAACGCAGAAGCAAGCAUCGCUGUGCAUCUCCACCGCCACCCCAUGAAUUCAGGGCCUAUCAAUUAUAUACUCUGUACCGUGGAAAGAAUGGAAAAAUCAUGCAGGCACCUAUAAAUGGAUGUCGUUGUGAACCUCUAAUACAUAAAGUGGAGAACCAGCUGGUAGCUGCCAUGGAAGAAAUAAAAGCUGAAUUAGUACAAGUGCAAGAUAAGAUGAACAGCAAAUUAGGACAGAUGGAAAAUAAAACACAACAUCAGCUCCGUGUUUUAGACAAAUUAAUGGCAGAGAGGCUGUCAGCAGAAAGGGUGGAGUGUCUUCAUCGUCUUCAGCACACGGAGUUGGAAAGAAAUGAAGGGGAAAAACGCCAGCUGUCUUUGGUGGGUGAAUUGAAAGCUUGGUGCCUGCUAAAAAUUCAGAAUCUAGAAAUGAAGCUCUCUGGAGAUUCUAGAUCUUCGAGACCAAAAUCCACUCUGUCCACAUCUGAGUCUCUCUCAGAGACUUUGGAUACAGAAAACCUUCACACUACAAAUGACUGUAAAACAAGCCAAACCCCACCACAAUCAAAUGGAUCCCAUCAUCAUUCUGGCAUUGUGAGCCUCUCAGAAGAUACAGAACAGAGUAGAAUGCCAAUCACAGAGCAGAGCUUUGGAAAGCAGUAUUUCGUGGUUCAGCAAGAUAGCAUAUCAGGAACAGAGCAACAGUCAGUGGGUGGUGCUGUCCUUCCUCCUCCUGCAGCAUCUCCCCAAGUGGUUAGGCCAAAGGAUAAAGCAAAUUUCAACAGAUUGCAGCAAGAACCACCAGGAGUGGAACACUCUGUUUCCAGACUAAGGCAUGUAAAAGUACAAACUGUUUUGCAGGCUUCUCCUGAACGUACAAAGGCAGAAUCCCAGAGCGGCUGCUUGAUAGACAAAGGGACUCAAACCAAGAAACCAAGUAAAAGUGGUCAGUUGAAGCACAGGUCCCACCAACCAGGAGAAGCUCCAACUGGGCAGCCCCCACCUUCUGCCCCUGAAGGAAAGGAGGGCAGUCCUCAGCUGGCAGGCACAUCUCAAGCUUUGGAAAUUACCCAGUACUUCUUUGAGGCUGUGUCAAGUCAGAUGGAGAAGUGGUAUGAGAGAAAGAUAGAAGAAGCUCGUUGCCAAGCUGACCAGAAAGCUCAGGAAGAUAAAGCUGUCCUUAAAGAACACAUUAAAAGUUUAGAAGAGGAACUGCAGAAGCUAAGGACUAAAAUGCAGAAGGAAAACUAGCCCUUGCAUGGCUCAAGAAAAGGGCCCAUUGCUGUUUUCACAAACUCCACUGAAGCAAUUUUAGGGCAGGGGACACUCAUGAACAAUUUCACUCAUAUUGAACAUGCCUUUAAAGAUGAUGAAGUAUCCAUGAAAUUAUUCGAGGAAACCAGUUUUCCUAAGCCAACACUUCAUUGAUGGGCAAAAUGUUGUUUUAGCUCUAAAUAGUGCUAGUUGUGAUACUAAUUCUGGGUAGAAUGCGUUUGUUACCUAUCAGUUCUCUUCAGGUACACUGCUGGGUGUGAGUGAUUGAAUGUCUAUUCUUGUUUUUCAGUCCCUGUGUCAUUUUGUGAAUUCUUUAAAGUUUUAUUAUUUUAUAAUAAACCAUUUUAUUACAUAUUAAACAUUUUUUAAGUUC